AAGGGAGGAGUCUGCGAAGACGCGUCUGGUGACUUGAGUUCCGUGCUGUGAACUGUCAGAGUUAACGAGGCCUGGUCUUUAAGCCGUCACUUUAGUGUUGAGUUGUUGUAACCUCCUCUCAUAGCCGAGAUAAAGAAUAUGAAUCACGAAAAGAAAUUCUGAAAAUAUAUUAUCAUUCUCAGAUUGCCAAAAUGACAUCUGCAUGCUGGACACUAAGAGCUUGUACAGGGAGAAGCUGGUGUCAAGGACGAAGACUUUUUAUAGAACAAAGGAAUGGGUUCAGGAAAGCCCCAAAGAAACCUGAGAGGGGAGAAGCUGAGGUUCGGGGGAGUCCUGAGACAAUGAGGAGUAGCUUUACACCGCCAUUGGCAGAACCAAUAUCUCCGGCACGUUCUCACAUUCUGAAGCAACUUUACAAACCUUUCAUCUUCACUGUCGGGUUCUCAGGCUGCUCUUUUGGUGUUGCUGCUAUAUGGCAGUAUGAAUCUUUAAAAUCGCGAAUGAGGAAUUACCUGGAUGAUAUUCGAGCAGAUUGGCUGGAGAAGUUACGGCCGCAGAAGCAAGGAGAAUUUAGGAAGCAGGUGAAUGAGUGGUGGAACAGUCUCAGUGAUGGACAGAAGACCGUAUCGGGGAUUGUUGCUGCCAAUAUACUGGUAUUCUGCCUCUGGAGAGUGCCUUCCCUGCAACGCACGAUGAUCCGAUACUUUACAUCUAAUCCUGCUUCUCGUUCCCUCUGCCUUCCCAUGGUUCUCUCAACCUUCAGUCACUUCUCACUGUUCCAUAUGGCGGCAAAUAUGUAUGUGCUGUGGAGCUUCUCGUCAAGCAUUGUUUCCAUGCUGGGUCCAGAACAGUUUCUGGCUGUGUACAUGUCUGCAGGAGUAGUGUCAACAUUCGCAAGCUACGUCUGUAAAACAGUCACAGGACGUUUUGGCCCAUCAUUGGGAGCAUCUGGCGCAAUAAUGACUGUUCUUGCUGCGGUUUGUACCAAGAUGCCUGAAGCCAAGCUGGCCAUUAUCUUUUUGCCUAUGUUCACUUUCACUGCCGGCAGUGCCCUCAAGGCAAUCCUUGCCCUGGAUUCCGCUGGUUUGAUCCUAGGAUGGAAGUUUUUUGACCAUGCAGCACACCUUGGAGGUGCUUUAUUUGGGAUCUGGUAUGCGCUAUACGGCCAUGAAUUUAUUUGGAAGAAGAGGGAGCCUCUAGUGAAAAUGUGGCAUGAAUUUCGCAGUGGUCCUCCUAGGGGUGGUGAAUCAUGACAACAGUGUAAAUCUGAGUUAUUUUAAAGGGGACACUUUGCAUUGUUGCGUGUAUGAAUUAACAGAUUUUCCAUAUUAAAAUAAUUUUGUUGCUCUGUGA